UUCAAGGCAGUCAGUGUUCCUUCAACUGCCUCUGCCUCGGACAGCUGGUGCUUAUCACACUCCUAACAAGGCUUCUGUGCUCAUUGCGCUCGGGGACGACGGAGAUUAUGUAGUGGGCUUUUGACUGAUCCAAUGGGAAUGACAUUGAUCUGGUGUCUGGCUUUAGUUCUUAUCAAGUGGAUCACCUCCAAGAGACGUGGAGCUAUUUCCUAUGACAGUUCUGAUCAGACAGCAUUGUACAUUCGUAUGCUAGGAGAUGUACGUGUAAGGAGUCGUGCAGGAUUUGAAUCAGAGAGAAGAGGGUCUCAUCCUUAUAUUGAUUUCCGUAUUUUUCAUGCUCAAUCUGAAAUUGAAGUUUCUGUGUCUGCUCGGAAUAUAAGAAGGUUACUAAGUUUCCAGCGGUAUCUUAGAUCUUCACGCUUCUUUCGUGGCACCACGGUUUCAAGUUCUCUAAACAUCUUAGAUGAUGACUAUAAUGGACAAGCUAAGUGUAUGCUGGAAAAAGUUGGAAAUUGGAAUUUUGAUAUCUUUCUAUUUGAUAGACUAACAAAUGGAAAUAGUCUAGUAAGUUUAACCUUUCACCUAUUUAGUCUUCAUGGAUUAAUUGAAUACUUCCAUUUAGAUAUGAUGAAACUUCGUCGAUUUUUAGUUAUGAUUCAAGAAGAUUAUCAUAGCCAGAACCCUUACCACAAUGCAGUCCACGCUGCAGAUGUUACUCAGGCCAUGCAUUGUUACUUAAAAGAACCUAAGCUUGCCAAUUCAGUAACUCCUUGGGAUGUCUUGCUGAGCUUAAUUGCAGCUGCCACUCACGAUCUGGAUCACCCAGGUGUCAAUCAACCUUUUCUUAUUAAAACUAACCAUUACCUGGCAACUUUAUACAAGAAUACCUCAGUACUGGAGAAUCACCACUGGAGAUCUGCAGUGGGAUUAUUGAGAGAAUCUGGUUUAUUCUCACACAUGCCAAUAGAAAGAAGGCAACAAAUGGAAACUCAGAUAGGUGCUUUGAUAUUAGCCACUGACAUCAGUCGCCAGAAUGAGUAUCUGUCAUUGUUUCGGAGCCAUUUGGAUAGGGGUGAUUUACACCUAGACGACGCCAGACACCGUCAUUUGGUUUUACAGAUGGCUUUGAAAUGUGCUGAUAUUUGUAACCCAUGUCGGACCUGGGAAUUAAGCAAGCAGUGGAGUGAAAAAGUAACAGAGGAAUUCUUCCAUCAAGGUGAUAUUGAAAAAAAAUACCAUUUGGGCGUGAGUCCACUUUGUGAUCGUCAGACCGAGUCUAUUGCCAACAUCCAGAUUGGUUUUAUGACUUACCUGGUGGAGCCAUUAUUCACAGAAUGGGCCCGGUUUUCCAACACCAGACUAUCCCAGACAAUGCUCGGACAUGUGGGGCUGAACAAAGCCAGCUGGAAGGGACUGCAGAGAGAACAACGUAGUCGGGAAGACACCGAUGCCACAUUUGCGUUGAACUCACAGUUAUUACCUCAGGAAAAUCGGUUAUCAUAACCCCGUGUUAGUGGGAUAGACUGCCUCCUGGAGGUUCUAAGAAAUGUGAAAUGGGGUCUUGAGGUGAGAGAACUUCAGUCUUGGCUGCCGAGGUUUCCAGGUGAAUGAGGCCAGCAUUAUUUAUUCCAAGAUUUGCUCUGUCAGAGCAUUGGAACUCACUUUCGAGAUUUUAAGACGUGAACAUACAGCAAUAUGUGCUUGGCUUUGGUGUGAAACCUUGACUCUGCAAGCCCCAGCCGAAGGGAACAGAAAGGCGUAACCGAGGAAGUUUCGCGGCGUGCCACAUGCUUCUCAAAGCAUUUACUCUUCAAACCAUGAAACUUGAACUGAAUCUCUCAGCAGAAAUCUCUUGGAAUUUAACCAGUCUGAUGACGCAGCCACGUAUCUCUGUACCUUCCACUAAGUUCUCUCUGAGUAAACUGAAAUGUGAAGUGCCCAGCCUCUGCCGCCUCUGGCAAGACCCGAUGUUUACAAAUCAACUCUGAAAUCUUGGUUCUAAAUUAGCCUUGGAGCAUGAUUGUGAAGGAACCACUGAGAAUUUUAAAGAUCAAACUUUGAAACCACAGCUCUUUCCCCUGGUUUGCCUUUUCUCUACUUUGGAUGCCACCAAAGCCUCCCCUUCACUAUAGUUUUCUUUCAUGCACUGGAAAACUGAGCAUUGAUCACAGAAUCCCGCGCGCUUUCAUCCAGUGCUGUUGGGCAAUGCAAUUUUUAAAAAACUGUUAGAUGUUCAUUUCAGGGCGGGAGGGGAAGAAUACCAGUGUCCUAGCUGUAUUAAUGAUUCUGCAGUGAAGACAUUGCAUGUUGUUUUCACUACUGUACACUUGACCUGCACAUGCAAGAAAAGGUGGAAUGUUUAACACACCAUAAUCAGCUCAGGGUAUUUGCCAAUCUGAAAUAAAGCGGGAUGGGGAAGGGUGUCCUUCACAGCAAAGGGGUCUCGGGCCCCUUCACUGCAGUGUGUGCGAGAUGAUGUUGUGUGGAUGUGUGGAUGUGUGUUUGCGUGCAUGCUGGCGCAUGGGUGACUGUGCAUGUGUUCUAUUUAUCCUCGUGGGAAAGGAUCUGAAAUGUAAGCUUUUAUUUAUUAUUUUCGAAUGUGAUGUAAUGAGCAGCCACUCUGGGGGAGGGGAAGGUAGGUAAGCUGUAACAGAUCGCUCCAGUUGCCUUAAACUAUGCACAAAGCUAAGUGACCAAACUUCUUGUUUUGAUUUGAAAAAAAAAAAAAGUGCAUUGUUUUCUUGUCCCUCCCUUUGCUGAAACGUUACCCUUUGAUGGGAUUUUUGAUGUGAACAGAUUUUCUAGGAAAAAAAAAAAUCUAAGGACUAAUUUUAAACUUCAAACAUUCCACUUUUGUAAUUUGUUUUAAAUUUGUGUUAUGUAUAGUAAGCACAACUGUAAUCUAGUUUUGAGAGAAACCGGUGCUUUCUUUUUAGUUCAAUUGUAUUUCCCUUGUUACUGUAAAAGACUGUUUAUUAAUUAUGUUUACAGUUUGUUGCAACAGCCAUUUUCUUGGGAGAAAGCUUGAGUGUAAAGCCAUUUGUAAAAGGCUUUGCCAUACUCAUUUUAAUAUGUGCCUGUUGCUGUUAACUUUUGAUGAAUAAAAAUCUGUCUUUUCACCUUUUUA